GAACUUUUAGCCUUUAGGGUUCUUGUGACCCUUUGGGGUUCUUGGGAAUGAUCCGCUCUUCCGGAUUUGCGGCAGCGGCGGCGGGCGAUCGGCGGCUGGGCGCGUGUAGAUUCUACUACCGGGGCGCAUGGCGGACGCGCAACACGAUGCUGGAGCGGUUCUACCGCCAUUCCUGCAGCAAGGAUGCGCAGAGCGCGCUGGUUCUUCUCACGUCCUUGCGGGGCGAUGCCGAGAGGCUGGAUGCGACGAGCAGGGAGAGGCUGCCUCGGCUGCUCAAGGAGGAUCUCCUGUCAAUGCUGCACACUCUGCUGGAGAAGGGGCAGAUGGAAGUCGCGAGCAAGGUGUUCUAUCACAUCCACCGCGAGGACUGGUACCGCCCGGAGCGCAAAUUCUACGACGUCCUGGUGCGCUCGUUCGCGCGGGGCUCCAAUUUCUCGGCGCUGGAGAAGAUCCUGGACGAGAUGGAGCUCCGGGGAUGCAAGCUCAAGCGGCUCAUGUCGAUCGAGCUCAUGGAGGCGUGCGUCGCCGCCGGGCAGCAGCCGCUGGCGUUUAAGAUCUUUGCGGCGCUCAAGUCGGAUCCCAGCGUCCCCCGCGCCAAGGUCUACUGGAAGCUCAUCGACAGCCUCAACCGCGCGGGGGAAUUCGAGGCCUCGCUCAAGUUGGAGGAGGAGCUCCACGAUUCGGCCGGGAAGAAGAAGCGCCGGGAUCACUCGGCCAAGGAGGUCCACGCCUUGGAACCCUGGGCGAGCUAGAUUUAAAUUCUCGAAUCUUCUAGGCAUCUUUUCGAUCAGUGGUUCGAAUCUUGGAGCUAGCGAUCCUCGUCCACAGGCAAUGUGGUCUUCUCCUGACCACCACGCCCUAGCUACAAAUUAA